AUGGGCGGGGCCAUGACAGGACUGAAUUGGGUGGGGCCCGGUGUAGGGAGGGGCCAGGUCCAGGAUUGGACGGGAGUCGAUCAAGAGCUGGACUAAGACAAGGAUGGGUGAAGACUGAGUGGGCGGGGCUAAGACUGAACCAGGAUAGGGAUCUUCCUCGGGCGCCAUGGCAGUGAAGAGACACACCAAGCAGGAGACCCUGGCCCUGCGGAAGCAGCUUAUCGGCAGUUCCUGCCAUCUUUUUUAUUCUGAUGAUCCUGUGAAGAUUAUCCGAGGCCAAGGCCAGUAUAUGUACGAUGAAAAAGGAACAGAAUACCUUGACUGUAUCAACAAUGUGGCUCAUGUUGGGCACUGCCAUCCUCAUGUGGUCCAAGCUGCGCAUGAACAAAAUGGAGAGCUCAACACCAAUAGCCGCUUUCUGCAUGACAACAUAGUGAAUUACGCCCAGAGGCUGUCCCAAACGCUGCCUAGGAAGCUCUGUGUGUUCUACUUCCUGAACUCUGGGUCGGAAGCGAAUGACCUGGCCCUGCGGCUGUCGCGCCAGUACACGGGACAUCGGGAUGUGGUGGUGAUUGACCAUGCUUACCACGGGCACCUGACCUCCCUAACUGACAUAAGCCCUUACAAGUUCCGGGAACUGGACGGACAGCCGGAUUGGGUCCACGUGGUCCCUCUCCCAGAUAUCUACCGGGGCAUUUACCGGGAAGACCACCCAGAUCCAGCCACGGCCUAUGCGGAAGAGGUAAAGAAAGUGAUCAACGAGGCCGAGGACAAGGGCAGGAAGAUCGCGGCCUUUUUUGCUGAGUCUUUGCCCAGCGUGGGAGGCCAGAUCAUUAUCCCGCCUGGCUAUUUCCAGAAGGUAGCAGAGCACAUCCGCAAUGCUGGAGGAGUUUUUGUGGUUGAUGAGAUUCAAGUUGGCUUUGGCCGAGUAGGCAAGUACUUCUGGGCCUUCCAACUGCAGGGGGAGGACUUUGUCCCUGACAUCGUCACCAUGGGCAAGCCCAUUGGCAACGGCCACCCCAUCGCCUGCGUGGCCACGACCCAGGACAUUGCUGCAGCCUUUGGUUCCACGGGCGUCGAGUACUUCAACACGUUUGCGGGAAGCCCUGUUUCCUGUGCAGUGGGUUUGGCAGUCUUGGACGUCUUAGAGAAGGAGCACCUCCAGGCCCAUGCUGACCACGUGGGAGAGUUCCUGAUGGGGCUGCUGAAGCAGCAGCGGGAGAAGCAUCCCAUCAUUGGCGAUGUCAGGGGUGUUGGGUUGUUCAUUGGUGUGGAUCUGAUCAAAGAUAAGGCAACAAGGACGCCAGCCACAGAAGAAGCUAACUAUCUGAUUUCUAAGUUAAAGGAUAACCAUAUUUUGUUGAGCACAGAUGGACCUGGAGGAAACGUCUUGAAAUUUAAGCCUCCAAUGUGCUUCAAUAUGGACGAUGCCAGAUUAGUUGCAAACAAAAUUGACACAAUUUUAACAGAAAUGGAGAAAAACAUGAGCACCUGUGAAACCCUUCAAAGUGUCGAAUGAGCUGGCUAGGUCUUCCCUGGGAAACCUGGGUGAGUAUGGCGUUUCAAGACUCAACUGUUCCUUUCAUCCUGGCAGAUUACUGCCUGAGGCCCUUUCACUCUUGGAAGAUUUGCCCUCAAAAUUUUAAAAUGCCUUUUAAGCCCACACCAAAGAGCUGACAGAGGCUAUCAAGGGCUACUGUCCUGUUCAACUCCCUUAGGAUUAGGGAUCUGUGUCUCCCAGAAUUUCUUUCCCGACAGGCAAGAUAUGUCAUCCAGAGUUAUUAAACUCUCUUAAAAAGUACUCCAGAUUGGUCAGGGGUUGAGUACACACCCAUAUAGGAAUAUUCAUUUGGGUCCCACUAUUGUCUUCCUUGAUGUAUAACCAUGUGUAUGUUACAGGCGAGAUAUAUAAUAGUCUUUAUGAAAAACUUUUUAAUACCUACAGAUAUGAAUGAAAUGCUGGGAGAUUUAAGUUCUGAUAUGCUUCGUAUCUAAAGCCUAGAAACAGAACUGACAUGGCUCUUCAGCCAUAACUGGGCAGCAGGGUGUUAUGACUGACUGGAGAGCAACAGAGCCCUGUGGGCAUCCAGAUUAAAAAACCUGGGACUCUGUCCCACCAAGACUGAAUCAAAGCCUCAAAGAGUACAAUUUCUCUGCUGUUUCCAUGAGAAUAGGAAAAUCUGUGGAACUUUACAAGAAGAGGACUAUGGAUUAUAUAAACUCAUCUAGUCCAACCCCCUAAUUUUAUGAUGACAUCAUUAAUUUCAGAUUCUCUAGAACCUUCCCCAAAGGUGCUAUAAACUUUAAAGUCAAUGGCAACCUUUCUUCUGGCUGGUUUCUCUACUUCCACCUUGUAUUCUAUCUAUCAUCUAUCUCCAUCUCACAGCAAAUAGCCAAAUUGCUUUUCCCCCUCCAGAAAGUUUUUGGCUGUUGCAGGGAUAUUUUUACUUGAUGAAGGAGCUGAGAAUGUGUUAAUGUUUCCAUAAAAAGUUAGUUUGUAUAAAAUUACAGAAUGAGUUUGCCAAAGUGGCCAAACCUUGAAAAGUCACUUUUUUAUCUUGAAUCCUGCACCUUUUUUUGCUUACAGGUUCAGAGAAUAUCCCAAAAGAUGAAGGAACCCUGCCAGCUCAUCCCAAGGUGACAAGAAAUUCUAACUCAAUCUAUUCACCAUUUACCUUGUAACAGCGGCUAUAACGACCAGACCUGUUAAACUCAAAACAAAAGCUUCUGUUGCUAUACAUCUUAACAGCUCAUCUUAACAAUUCUGGAGAGCACAGGCUUGGAAGGCAGAUGGGCCAGUGAGACCCAAACUUCUUUUCCCCAAAAUAUUCAUCCCCACCCACAUUUUUAGGUGUUAUACACUACUAUAGCCACACUAACCACUCUAUUACUGUUAUUAAAGGCAUCAGACAGACAUGGGUCAAAGUGGUUAGAAAAUUAAGGUCAGAAAAGAAAACAGGGAAGAUGAAUCCUGGUUUCUACCAUUUUGCCUUGGGACAAAUGACUCAACUCUGCUCUGGGCCUUUUUUAGGCUUGAAGAUCUAAAUGUCUUCAAUGGAAUGUUUUUGAACAUGUCUGUCCAAAUUUGUUUCAACAAUUAAAGCUACCAUGAAAUGUC